AGAACCGUUAUAGGUUCUAGAUAUAGAUAGCCCCUAUCUAGAACCUAAAAGUAUAGCUUCUGUGAGUAGAAUGUGUAUAAUAUGGGAGAGUGAAUAAGGUACAGUAUGUGACAGAGUAAGGUAUGUGACAGAGUAAGGUAUGUGACAGAGUAAGGUAUGUGACAGAGUAAGGUAUGUGACAGAGUAAGGUAUGUGACAGAGUAAGGUAUGUGACAGAGUAUGGUAUGUGACAGAGUAAGGUAUGUGACAGAGUAAGUGCAAGUGAAUUCAAUAAAUUCCGAAAGGUCUUGACAGAGUUAUUGUUAAGGAGGCCCAAAAUGUUUCAGGGGAUUAAAGUGCAUGUAAGAAGACAGAGGGGGCAAGCCAAGUGACAAACAAUUUAUCCAAUAAAAUGUCUGUGGUUAGUCGAGUCUCUGUCUAUUCCCCAGUUAAAACCCAGAGUGGUGAUUGUCUCCUCACUUUGAGCUCAGCCAGCCUGCUGCAGUGUUGACUCUGGCCUUGAGCAUCCAGAACAGGGACCGGAGAGCCGACUUGAUCCGAGCCCCUAGGCCCUGCCCACCCAUCACAUUAGAAUACUGCCUAACAAGAACAAUCUGUGUGGAGCCAAGGAGCCCAGUCCUUUUCUGGGAAGCAAGGCAGCCAGAGAGGGAGGAGGGGAGGAAAGGAGAGUAGAGGGGGAAGGAGGGAUUUGUCCCGAUGGCAAAGAACUUUACGUUUGAUUUUUUUCUGUGCCGAUCAGAGAAACCUCCAGUCUGAAAUCUGAAACUGUAGAAUUACUGUUGGAGGAGGUGACUCAGGCACGUUUUCUCAUCCUCUCAGUUCAUUUUCCCAUCCAUUUCCCUCAAACUCAUCCACAGUUCUAGAGGAGCCUUUUCUGUGUGUGACCACUUCUGUGGAUGGUCCUAUAGGAGAUGACGUUCCUCAUGGCACUUCCUCUGAUUGGUCUGUUGGUGACACUGUGGUCCAGCAGCCCCAAUCUGGUCACACCCCUCCCUUUCAACAUUUCAUUGGAGGGAAGUGCAGAGGGGGAGGAGCUAGACAGCCUCAUUGACACGCCUUCCCCACCUGCCACCAGUGGCCCUGCCUUUGAGUCCUCAACCACCUCACAUGGCUACACCCAAGUAGAGCACUUCUUGCUCAGCCAAAUGGUUCACUUCCUGCAGGAUAACCUGUUCCUCAUCCUAGUUUUCUUCACACUCUUCAUCACUAUCUUCCUCAUCCUCUGCUGUGCUUGCAUCAUGAGCCGCAAACGAAAGAUCAAUGCCUACUACCCCUCGUCCUUCCCCUCUAAGAUGUACGUGGACCAGAGGGACAAGACCGGAGGUACCAAGCUUUUCAACGAGUUGCCAGAGAAACCCUCCAACCGGCAGCAGGCUGAGCCAGUCGACUCCAGCAAGAAGCUCCAUCAUGACAUCAUGAAGGCAGCCAAGAACCUCCGUACUCUCUCCAAGCCUCCCCUGGGAGAGCAAGAGGGAAAAGACCCCACACAGAUAUCUGCAGCAGCAGAGAAAAGUCAUGAGGUGAAUGUUCAGGCUGUGGGAGAAAUAAUAGAGAAAGACAAUCAGCCAUCAAACCCACCAGAGCUGAGUGAGGAGGAGGUAUGCCAGCUCUCAGUCAAUGAAGCCCAACAUAGCAGCUGCCCUGAGCAGUCAGAAAUUCUUCCGGAACAGACAGGCCUAAAAAAGGAUGAUGAGUCAUUCACAUGAGCUGAGUCUCCAUCUGGCCAAGGGCACUCACAGGCUCAGCAGGAAAAGGACAGGCAAGAGGACUCCACUGUCACACUGUCUAUUCCGUUGAUCACUGGAGAGAAAACAGCACUUUUGCUAUGCUCCCGACACUAUGUUUGAUCUCAAUGGUUUGGACCAAUUUUGCAUGAGUGACAAUCUUUAAGGCAAACCUGUCAGCUUUGUUUACUGCUCUUUGGAUUUACCAAAUUAUGUCUGUUCAGUUAUAUGUAAUCAUAUACUUGAUUUACUUCUGUUUCCCAGUAGCCAUCUUUCACUGUGUCUCCCUAAAAGUACAACACUAUGUAACCUGCCAUCUUUCAAUGUGUCUCCCUAAAAGUACAACACUAUGUAACCUGCCAUAUUUCAAUGUGUCUCCCUAAAAGUACAACACUAUGUAACCUGCCAUCUUUCAAUGUCUCUCCGUAAAGGGUUAACACUAUGUAACCUGCCAUCUUUCAAUGCAUCUCUCUAAAGGGUUAACGCUAUGUAACCUGCCAUCUUUCAAUGUGUCUCCCUAAAAGUACAACACUAUGUAACCUGCCAUCUUUCAAUGUGUCUCCCUAAAAGUACAACACUAUGUAACCUGCCAUCUUUCAAUGUGUCUCCCUAAAAGUACAACACUAUGUAACCUGCCAUCUUUCAAUGUAUCUCUCUAAAGGGUUAACGCUAUGUAACCUGCCAUCUUUCAAUGUAUCUCUCUAAGGGGUUAACGCUAUGUAACCUGCCAUCUUUCAAUGCAUCUCUCUAAAGGGUUAACGCUAUGUAACCUGCCAUCUUUCAAUGUAUCUCUCUAAAGGGUUAACGCUAUGUAACCUGCCAUCUUUCAAUGUAUCUCUCUAAGGGGUUAACACUUUGUAACCUGCCAUCUUUCAAUGUAUCUCUCUAAAGGGUUAACACUAUGUAACCUGCCAUCUUUCAAUGUAUCUCUCUAAAGGGUUAACGCUAUGUAACCUGCCAUCUUUCAAUGUAUCUCUCUAAAGGGUUAACGCUAUGUAACCUGCCAUCUUUCAAUGUAUCUCUCUAAGGGGUUAACGCUAUGUAACCUGCCAUCUUUCAAUGUAUCUCUCUAAAGGGUUAACGCUAUGUAACCUGCCAUCUUUCAAUGUAUCUCUCUAAAGGGUUAACGCUAUGUAACCUGCCAUCUUUCAAUGUAUCUCUCUAAGGGGUUAACGCUAUGUAACCUGCCAUCUUUCAAUGUAUCUCUCUAAAGGGUUAACGCUAUGUAACCUGCCAUCUUUCAAUGCAUCUCUCUAAAGGGUUAACGCUAUGUAACCUGCCAUCUUUCAAUGUAUCUCUCUAAAGGGUUAACGCUAUGUAACCUGCCAUCUUUCAAUGCAUCUCUCUAAAGGGUUAACACUAUGUAACCUGCCAUCUUUCAAUGCAUCUCUCUAAAGGGUUAACGCUAUGUAACCUGCCAUCUUUCAAUGCAUCUAUGCACAGCAAUUUGUGAAAAAUUAUGAAUAUAUUGCAUUCACUUUUUUUUAAAGUAGCAUCCAUAUCUGUACAGUUGUAACUUUUUGGGCAACCUGAGCAAAUUCACAGAAAUGACUUAGGUGUCAUUCUCAUUGAAAGCAAGUCCAAAAAGCAGCAGACCUGUUCUAUGCUUCCCGUUCUUAAGUUCGUUUUAGAGGCUUUGACUUUCGGUUUUGUACAACAGCUUCAAAAAUAUUUUUGCUUACAUGAAACAUAUUUCACAGGAGUUUAGAUGUUACAAUGAUUCUCUACACUUGCUUUUGUCACGAAGUGAAAUUAGGCAAACAUACAAUUUCAGCAACCAGGAAAUGGCAGAGCAAUUUCUGCAUAGUGCAGAAUCCAAAAGUAGAUGUAGCAACUCCGAAAUGAUCCAUUAAGUGACAACUGUUGCUCUGCUGCAGAACCAGGACCUGUGAAAGAACUUGGGAAAGCAUCAAACAUAGCAGUCUACUCUACUCAUACUGUGACAUUACAAUACAGGAUGGUUAGUCGUGUGUAGUGUGGUUGAAAACAUGACCAGACACAUACCAAAAUUGGUCUUUAUUUUCAUUGAUCUUUAGUUGAAUAUUGUAGAAAUUGUGAAGACAGUAAAGAGAUUAUAAAAUGUGUCGUGUUUGGUAUUUGAUAAAAGCAGUACCAUGAUCUGCAUUUAUGGAUGAAGUCAAUGUAUUUACAUGGCUCCGGAUAAAGUAUGCCAACGAUGCCAUCUAGUGGAGAAUACAAGCAUUGCGCUAAUUUCUGGUUGUCUGCACACUGCUGAGAAAUACAAGACAAUACCUUAACCGGAUUAUAGAGACAUUGCACAACAAAAAAGACCAGCACAAAAAGACUUAACAUACUACGUACACGCCUUACUUUAUUAAUUUGCAUAUUACAACCAGGAAGUAUGAAAUGUGACAAAAUAAUCCAAAUAGAUACCUUACCAGUUUGCUGUCAUUUUAUAUCUCCUGCACUGCAUUUCCUCAUUGCCUUCAAAACAUUUGUGCUACAUGGGUGUUGAUGGGACACCUUUAGAAAUCUUAUUCAAUACUUCACCACAGCAUCCAUAAUCAUUUCCCAAUGGAAAAUACCCCCAAACCAUGACAAAAUAAAUUGAAUAAAGACAAAGCAAACUUG